UCCCUCAAUUGUCAUUUCACAUCCACACGCUCUCUCUCUCUCAAUUUUUACGUUCGCCUUUCAUAUUUCCGCCAUCUCCGCUCUCCAUCUUCACUGUGUACAGAAGGAGAGGAUUGGGAAGGAGCAGAAGCAGAAGAGGCGGGAAAACGAGGAAGAGAGAGAGAGAGAGAGAGAGAGAGGAAAUGAAGGAGAGGGGGAAAGGGACGGACCGAUCGGUGGACGAGAGGUAUUCGCAGUGGAAGUCCCUCGUCCCUGUCCUCUACGACUGGCUCGCCAACCACAACCUCGUCUGGCCCUCUCUCUCUUGCCGAUGGGGUCCUCAACUCGAGCAGGCCACUUACAAGAACAGGCAGCGGCUUUACCUUUCCGAACAGACUGAUGGCAGUGUUCCUAAUACGCUUGUUAUAGCAAAUGUUGAAGUUGUCAAGCCUAGGGUUGCAGCUGCAGAGCACAUAUCACAGUUCAAUGAAGAAGCACGAUCUCCCUUUGUCAAGAAGUUCAAAACUAUCAUACAUCCCGGCGAGGUGAACAGAAUCAGGGAGUUGCCGCAGAACAGCAAAAUUGUAGCCACUCACACAGACGGCCCCGAUGUUCUUAUCUGGGAUGUUGAGUCUCAGCCCAGUCGACAGGCAAUUUUAGGUGCCCAGAGCUCUCGCCCUGAUCUGGUUCUCACUGGGCAUAAGGAUAAUGCUGAAUUUGCUCUUGCUAUGAGUCCAACUGAGCCCUUUGUUCUUUCUGGAGGAAAGGACAGAUGUGUCAUUUUGUGGAGCAUUCAAGAUCAUAUCUCCUCUCUAGCCGUCGAUACUGCAUCUGGAAAGUCCCCAGGUUCUGUCAGUGCCAACAGCAAACAGUCCUCUAAGGUCAGUGGGACCAAUGAGAAGCCAAUGAACGGCCCUUCAAUUGAGCCUCGAGGUGUCUUCCACGGGCACGGUGCUACUGUUGAGGAUGUGACCUUUUGCCCAUCAAGUGCGCAGGAGUUCUGUAGUGUAGGUGAUGACUCCUGCCUUAUCCUUUGGGAUGCAAGAACUGGUUCCUCCCCAGUGGUCAAGGUCGAGAAAGCUCAUAAUGCGGACCUUCACUGUGUCGAUUGGAACCCUCAUGAUGUUAAUCUGAUACUGACAGGGUCAGCAGAUAACACUAUUCGCAUGUUUGAUCGCCGAAACCUCACUUCUGCCGGGGUCGGGUCACCUGUUCACACUUUCGAAGCUCACAGUGCUGCGGUCCUCUGUGUUCAAUGGUGUCCUGACAAGACCUCGGUGUUUGGAAGUUCCGCUGAGGAUGGCAUUUUGAACAUUUGGGAUUAUGAGAAGAUUGGUAAAAAGCAAGAGGCUGUUGGAUCAGAAGCCCCAAGCAGUCCUCCGGGCUUAUUUUUCCGUCAUGCUGGGCACAGGGACAAGGUUGUUGACUUCCAUUGGAACUCAUCCGAUCCCUGGACAAUCGUAAGCGUGUCUGAUGACGGCGAAAGUACUGGUGGAGGUGGCACACUUCAGAUAUGGAGGAUGAUCGAUCUGAUCUACCGCCCCGAGGAAGAAGUGCUUGCGGAGCUGGACAAGUUCAAGUCCCACAUUCUUUCCUGCUCGUCUUGAACUUCUUUCUGGUUGCUCGAAAAGGGGAAGAGACAAAGUGAGUAGGAAAUCAUGCGGGCAAAGCUGCUCGAACAUGUUUUUGUAGUGUUGAAGACAUCCUUAAACGAAGGAACUGAUUAGUUGAUUAGGUCAAUUGUGCCUCUGCUGUUACUAACUUGGAUCGGGUGUCUAAGGUUGUGGAACUCUUUUCAGCUCUAUUUUAGUCCAGCAUUAGGCUUUUGAUUGAAAGAGGCCUUAGUUUCA